AUGCCGAUGGUGCUCACCUUGCUCGUCUCCCUCUAUAAACUGUGCCGGUUCUUCGCCAUGUCGGGUGCGGAGAGGCUGGUGGUGCCUGAGUGCGUGAGCCAGGCGGGCAGCUGGGCAGGCGGGGGCAGCUCCAGGGAGCACCGGGAGGUUUCCCCCGGGGUGAACACGGACGUGCGGGCAGCCCUGGACCGCAUCCUCCCUGCCCUGCACCAGGCCAUCACCCGCACCAAGCAGGCAGCCAGCCCCGCGGAGCUGAGGGGGUCCAUCGCCGAGGUCUUCCAGCUGGUAGAGGAAGCCUGGGGGAUGCCCACGCUGGGGAGGGACGUGGCCAAAGUGCUGUGCGAUGUGAUCCGCCUGGAGGGGGGCCUGGACCUGCUGCUGAACCUGCUGUACACGGCAGAGCUGGAGACAAAGUGCCAGGCAGGAAAACUCCUGGAGCAGAUCCUGGUGGCGGAAAACAGGGAUCGGAUCGCUCGGAUCGGUCUGGGAGUGAUUCUCAACUUAGCCAAGGAGCGAGAUGUUCCCCAGCUGGCGCAGAGCGUCUCCGGUAUCCUGGAGCACAUGUUCAAACACACUGAGGAGACCUGUUUCCAGCUUAUCUCUGAUGGAGGCCUGGAUGCUAUCCUCUACUGGUGCCGCUGGACGGACCCCGUCGUGCUGCGGCACUGCGCCAUGGCCCUGGCCAACUGUGCCAUGUACGGAGGGCAGGCCAACCAGCGCCUGAUGAUCGAGAAGAGGACGGCGGAGUGGCUUUUCCCACUGGUGUUCUCAAGAGAGGAUGACCUAAUCCGCCUGCACGCGUGCCUGGCCAUCACGGUGCUGGCCACCAACAAAGAGAUCGAGAAGGAGGUGGAGCGCUCGGGGACGCUGGCUCUGGUGGAGCCGUUCAUCGCCUCGCUGGAUGCGGAGCAGUUUGCCUGCGAGAUGCUGGGCAGCAGUGACAACAGCCAGGGGAGGACGGCGGACGACCUGCAGCGGCUGGUACCCUUGCUGGACAGCUCGCGGCUGGAAGCACAGUGCAUCGCUGCCUUCUACCUCUGCACGGAGGCUGCCAUCAAAACCAGGCAGAAGAAAACAAAGAUUUUCAGUGAGACUGGGGCUACGCAAAGCCUGAAGAGGGUAGUGUGCUACUCCACCAGCAGCACCAUCUCCUCCCUGGCCAAAAAGGUGCUGCGCAUGAUAGGGGAGGAGGUUCCUCGGCGCAUCCUGCCCACGGUUCCCAACUGGAAGCCUUGCGAGGUGCAGACAUGGCUGCAGCAGAUCGGAUUCAACAAAUACUGCCAGAGCUUCCUGGACCACCAGGUGGAUGGGGACAUUCUCCUGAGGCUGACGGAGGAGGAGCUGCAGGAGGAUUUGGGGAUGGACUCCAGCAUCACUCGGAAAAGGUUUUGCCGGGAGCUGACAGAGCUGAAGACCUUUGCAAACUAUUCCACCUGCGACCACAGCAACCUGGCCGACUGGCUGGGCGGCAUCGACCCCAAGUUUCGUCAGUACACGUACAACCUGCUGACGUGCGGCAUCAACCGCAACUUCUUGCACCGGGUGACGGAGCAGCAGCUGCAGGAGGACUGCCACAUCAACACGGGUUUCCACCGCGUCCGCAUCCUCACUGCUGCAAGGGAAAUGCUUCACUCCCCUAUAACGCUGCAAACCGCAUCCGAUGGGACUGACGUAUUCAUCAGCUACCGGAGGAGCACCGGGUCGCAGUUGGCCAGCCUGCUGAAGGUCCACCUGCAGCUGCACGGCUUCAGCGUGUUCAUCGAUGUGGAGAAGCUGGAGGCAGGGAAGUUUGAGGACAAGCUGGUCCAGAGCGUGAUGAGUGCCCGCAAUUUUGUGCUGGUCCUCUCGCCAAACGCACUGGAUAAAUGCAUGGGAGACCCCGAGUGCAAGGACUGGGUGCACAAGGAGAUUGUGACAGCCCUGAACUCUGGAAAGAACAUCGUACCUGUUACAGACCAUUUUGAGUGGCCGGACCCAGAAACACUUCCCAAGGACAUGAGGGCUGUCCUGAAGUUUAAUGGUAUCAAGUGGUCCCACGAGUACCAGGAGGCCACAAUCGACAAAAUCAUCCGCUUUCUCCAGGGCCGUUCCUCCCGGGACUCCUCGGCUGGGUCGGAGAAUGGCCUGGACUGCUUGCCCUCCCUGGGGCAGACCUAG